UCUCUCUCUAUAUAUAUACACACAUUCAUGAAGAUGAGCCAAAUCAUGCAGAGAUAUAUGGCUACUAUGGAUACUACUACUACCAAGAGGUCCGCGAAUUUACAAAGAAGAGAACAUGCAGGCAUCCAUGGAGAGAAGACAAGUACAAGAUCCAGCUUGGUCGCAGAGACUAAACCGGCAACAGCAGCUAAUUAUAAGCUAGAGAGCAAGGCAUCCAUUGAUAUAAAUGAUAGUGCAGAGGCGUUCAUUAAGAAAUUCAGGCAGCAGCUGUUGAUACAGAGGCUCGAGUCCAUCGAAAACUUCGAGCAGAUGCUUGCCAGAGGUCUAUAACAUAUUAAUAUAUAGCUAUACCUUCUAUUGAUUUGAUUUUUUUGUUUCCAUUUCCAAUUUGUUAUUGUUAUUGAAUUCUACAUAUGAAUACUUAAUAAAGUUACAGAGUCGAGCAUUCAUACCAAUAAUAGUAAUAAUUAAGAGUGAAUAUUUAAGGUGUGUACUACUAAAUCUUAUGCAGUCACAGAAAUCACAAGUUUUUUUUUU